UAAAGUAAAAAUGGUUGCCAGUGGUCCGGGAGGGAGAACUCCCAUUUGAGGACAAAUCGGGGAAGGCUUCGUGGAGGAUGUGGUAUCUAAGCUGGUCCUUGAAGAGCUCCAGUGUGAGGAAGAGACGGAAGAAGGAUCCUACAAAGGCUCCUGGAGAAAGUGGGAGGAAGGCCCAGGAAUUUAGACUUGAUUCCUCAGGUCAGGGUUUGCAAUUGGGCAAGCAGGGUCUUUGGGGCCACAAAGCCUAAAGCCAAACCCAGUACUGGGAGCUUGUUGAAAUAAAGGGAGGAAGAGAGGCCCACUGUCCUGUUUCCUUUGGCCCCCACACACAGUGGUGUUUUGAGGGUUUUGUUUCAAUUUGAUUUAAUUGCCAACAUUGAAAAAUCUGGAGGCGUCACAUACAAAUCCAGAUUCCGGUUCUCUGGAAACUCUGGCUGCCUCCACUCCUGGCUGCCUCUGUCCUUCCAAAGGGCGUGGACCCUACAGUUUGGCGGGUUCCCAAGCAUUCUAUUAUUCCCUGGCUUAUAAACCUUUGGUUUUGACCCCUGCUGAUGCAAAUCUGAGCAGGGUGUGGCCCUACCGGGAUGGGCAGCAUCUUUUUUUUUUAAAUCAUUUAUUUAAUUACUUAUUUAUUUUGGCUGCUUUGGGUCUUCAUUGCUGCACACAGGCUUUCUCUAGUUGCAGCGAGCAGGGGCUACUCUUUGCUGCGGUGUACCGGCUUCUUAUUGCGGUGACUUCUCUUGUUGCAGAACACAAGCUCUAGGCGCGCGGGCUUCAAUAGUUGUGGCACGUGGGCUCGGUAGUUGUGGCUCAAAGGCUCUAAAGCUCAGGCUCAGUAGUUGUGACACAGGGGCUUAGUUGCUCCGUGGCAUGUGGGAUCUUCCUGGACCAGGGAUUGAACCCGUGUCCUCUGCACUGGCAGGCGGAUUCUUAACCACUGUGCCACCAGGGAAGUCCUGGGCAGCAUCUUGACUGAAUUUUGGGUUUUGCAGCAGCUACCAUUGUGGUCUCCAUUUGUGAAUGGAGAACAUGAGACUUAGAGCAGUCAUAGGGUAUUGCCACAAAGGCCGUGUAACUGGAAAGUGACAGAGCUGGAAUUUGACUCCCUGGACCCUGCUCUUUCCUAGGUUCCCAAGCCCAGGGUGGUUUCAGGGAGCAGGGGAGGGAGGAGGACAGAAGAAGAAGCAGAGGGUUCAGUGUAGUGGCCAAGGGCAAAGGGGCUGGAGCCUGACCUCCAGGGUUUGAAGCCUGCUUCCACCACUCCCCAUCCAUGGAAUUCUGGCAAGUUCCUGAAGCGUCUUUGCACUUUUUUCUUGAGUGUUAAUAUGAGAGUGGGGUCUGGCAUGUAGUAGGUACUUUGUAAGUAUUUUGUCUUAAGAAAGAUGGACUCUGUGACUGGAGAGCACAUGUGGAUUCAGGGGUUACACGGAAUUGUGACAGUGGCUGGGCAAGGGGGAUACCAACUGUCACAGGAGAUCAUGCUUUCAGCUGGGCCCCACCAGGGCAUCUGGAGAUCAGCCCCAGGCUGGCCAAGGCAGGACUGGGCCUCGCAUGCUUGGUCUGAGACCCUGGAGCCAGAGUGACCUCCGCUGUCCUCCCUUGUCUUCGGGAAAGCAGAGGCCUGACGGAGGACGAGGACGUGUGCGCCAUGCUGAGGGGCUCCCGGCUCUGCAAGAUCCGUUCGCGGACAUGGCAAAAGGAGCGGCUGUAUCGGCUGCAGGAGGACGGCCUGAGCGUGUGGUUCCAGCGGCGCAUCCCGCGCGCGCCUUCGCAGCACAUCUUCUUCGUGCAGCACAUCGAGGCCGUGCGCGAGGGCCACCAAUCCGAGGGCCUGCGGCGCUUCGGGGGCGCCUUCGAGCCGGCGCGCUGCCUCACCAUCGCCUUCAAGGGGCGCCGCAAGAACUUGGACCUGGUGGCGCCCACGGCCGAGGAGGCGCAGCGCUGGGUGCGCGGUCUGGCCAAGCUGCGCGCGCGCCUCGACGCCAUGAGCCAGCGCGAGCGCCUGGACCACUGGAUCCACUCCUAUCUGCACCGAGCAGACUCCAACCAGGACAGUAAGAUGAGCUUCAAGGAGAUGAAGAACCUGCUCCGCAUGGUCAACGUGGACAUGAACGACAUGUACGCCUACUGCCUCUUCAAGGAGUGUGACCACUCUAACAACGAGCGGCUGGAGGGGCCUGAGAUCGAGGAGUUUCUGCGGCGGCUGCUGAAACGCCCCGAACUGGAGGAGCUCUUCCAUCGGUACUCUGGUGAGGACCGUGUGCUGAGCGCACCUGAGCUGCUGGAGUUCCUGGAGGACCAGGGCGAGGACAGCGCCACGCUGGCCCACGCCCAGCAGCUCAUCCACACCUAUGAGCUCAAUGAGACAGCCAAGCAGCACGAGCUGAUGACACUGGAUGGCUUCAUGAUGUACCUGUUGUCACCUGAGGGGGCGGCCCUGGCCCUGGCCCACGCAUGCGUGUUCCAGGACAUGAACCAGCCCCUCGCCCACUACUUCAUCUCCUCCUCCCACAAUACCUACCUGACCGACUCUCAGAUCGGUGGGCCCAGCAGUACUGAGGCCUACGUUAGGGCCUUUGCCCAGGGAUGCCGCUGUGUGGAGCUGGACUGCUGGGAGGGGCCAGGAGGGGAGCCGGUCAUCUACCACGGCCACACCCUCACCUCCAAGAUCCUCUUCCGAGACGUGAUCCAGGCAGUGCGUGACCACGCCUUCACGCUGUCCCCGUACCCUGUCAUCCUGUCCCUUGAGAACCACUGUGGGCUGGAGCAGCAGGCUGCCAUGGCCCGCCACCUCCACUCCAUCCUGGGGGACAUGCUGGUGACCCAAGUGCUGGACUCCCAGAACCCUGAGGAGCUGCCGUCCCCGGAGCAGCUGAAAGGCCGGGUCCUGGUGAAGGGGAAGAAGCUUCCAGCAGCUCGGAGUGAGGACGGUCGCGUUCUAUCAGACCGGGAGGAGGACGAUGAAGAGGAGGAUGAAGAAGAGGAGGUGGGGGCCACAGGGCAGAGGCGGCGGGCCAAGCAGAUCUCUCCAGAGCUGUCGGCCCUGGCCGUGUACUGCUGUGCCACCCGCCUGCGGACCCUGCGCCCCGCCCCAGUCCCGCCCCAGCCCUUCCAGGUCGGUUCCCUCAGCGAGCGCAAGGCCAAGAAGCUCACCCGAGAGGCAGGGAACAGCUUCAUCAGGCACAAUGCCCGCCAGCUAACCCGUGUCUACCCGCUGGGGCUGCGGAUGAACUCCGCCAACUACAACCCCCAGGAGAUGUGGAACUCGGGCUGUCAGCUGGUGGCCCUGAACUUCCAGACGCCAGGUUACGAGAUGGACCUCAAUGCCGGGCGCUUCCUCGUCAACGGGCAGUGCGGCUACGUCCUGAAACCCGCCUGUCUGCGGCACCCCAACACAACCUUUGACCCCGAAUGUCCUGGACCGCCCAGAACGAUUCUCACCGUCCAGGUGCUGACGGCGCAGCAGCUGCCCAAGCUGAACGCCGAGAAGCCAAAAUCCAUUGUGGACCCACUGGUGCGCAUCGAGAUCCACGGGGUGCCUGCAGACUGUGCUCGCAAGGAGACCAACUACGUGCUUAACAACGGCUUCAACCCCCGCUGGGGGCAGACCCUGCAGUUCCAGCUGCGGGCUCCAGAGCUGGUGCUGGUCCGGUUCGUGGUAGAAGAUUAUGACGCCACCUCCCCCAAUGACUUCGUGGGCCAGUUUACCCUGCCUCUCAGCAGCCUGAAGCAAGGGUACCGCCACAUCCACCUGCUUUCCAAGGACGGGGCCUCCCUGUCACCAGCCACACUCUUUGUCCACAUCUGCAUCCAGCGCUCCUGACGGCACAGCCGGGCCACCCUGGGUUCUGCAGGUGCCGGUCUGCCUGCCUCGGCGGAGGCCCUCUCCUCCUCUGGAGUGGAGGGGUAGUGCGGUGCCAGCCCCUCCAGCCUCCCACUUGGCCUGCCUGCCAGACUCUGGUCUCAACUGGGCGCUGAGGGCUGCCUCAGCCCCUCCUGAAGAACAGGUAGCUGGUCUUUUCCCUGGGCUGUGAGAUGGUCCCAGCUGCUUGGGUCCUCAGCCCACCCGGUCGUCGUGGCUUCUGAAGAGCCAGGCCUGUUGCCUCCAGGAGACUUGGGGAGCGGGACACGAGAGUCUUUGGCCACUCUCUGCCCCUCAGCGCGGCCAUCCCAGCCUCCUUCCCACAAGGAGUCCAGCCACCCCCUUGCCCCCUCUGCACGCGUUAGCUACCCGCCAAGGCCCUCUCUCCCCCUCCAGGCUUUCCUGGGCUCCUCCCUCCAGCUCUUGAACCUGAGCUCCCCUCCCUCGUUAAAGCAGGCCGGGAGAGGGAGGCUCAGACCUGGGGAAACCUAGGAGUAGGUUUUUAACUUGUGUCUUAGAAGAGCCCUGGAGAGGACAGUAGAACAAAAUAAAGAAGCAAGUUUAUUUUACCAC